CCAGCUCAGGAUCACCUUGCACUUACACGCUUCCCAAAAGAAGGAAAAGUCAAGUCCGUCAGCAUGCCUGCCAGCCUGAGUGGCAAAUGGGAGAUGAUCAGCAAUGUCAACUUUGACAACUACAUGAUUGCGCUGGGCAUAAGCGCUUCCUUACGAAAAAUUGCUGCAAAACUUACCUUAAAGAAAAAAAUUGAGCGGCAGGAGGACCAGUUCAUCGUCAAAACCACGAGCACUUUCCGAAACUACACGGUCACCUUCAAAGUGGGCCAGGAAUUUAACGAGUUUACAAAGGGACUAGACAACAGACACCUGAAGUCACUCGUGAGAUGGGAGGGGAACAAACUAAUAUGUGAACAGACUGGAGAGAAGAAGAACAGGGGAUGGGCUCACUGGAUUGAAGAUGACAAGCUUCAUCUGGAGCUGUUCUGUGAAGGACAAGUCUGCAAGCAGGUUUAUAAGAACGUUUCAAAGACGAGAGAAGAAGAAUGAAGAGUUGGAGGAGGAUCUUGAGGUGGUCCAGAAUUAGAAGGCUUUAUG